GGCUCCGCGGCGGUGGAAGGACCGGAGCUUCUGGCUGCCUCCUCCCGGUGCUGCGAGCGUCUAGGCGCCGCUCCACUGGGGACUCCGCGCAGGUUCAGGGCUCAGACUGCUUUGCGUCGUUGUGGGGACCCUUGCGCGACACCAAGUUGGCAGACAACCCACGACGCCUUCCUCCCCAGCCCCCACCCCCGGUGUCACAUUCUCUGCAUUUCGGCCUAUUCUGACUGGAAGAAAACUUCAGCUCCCCCUGAUAGGGUCAGGGGGGACAGACACUUGGCACCACCUUCUCCCGGUAACACUGCGUGGAUGAAACCCCGGGGAUCCUCAACCGUAGCGCUCUUACCGAACUGCACCCCUCUGAGUGCGGCUGGCGUGGGGGUUGUGGGACCAGGGUGGGCUGGGCAGAGAGGCCUCGGGGGGGAGGGGCGGGGUGGCGCGGAGAAGCGAGAUGCAGGAGGGAGAUUGCUUGGGUGACUGCAUCUAAAGCAGACCGGGUCCAAGGAGUUCUGCCAGGGACACCCGCUGCCUGCAUUGCGUCGGACCUGACCAUCUCCAAUGUGAAAUUCCCGGGGAAGGUCGCGCGCAGCUUAAGGGCCGUGCGUGGGCGGGGCUGCGGGCCACCGGGGAAGAGGAGUUGGUAGUGGGCUUUCCGAGGAGGAGAGGGUGGAAAAGGAAGAAAAGCUGUGCUGGCAAGCAUGGGAACUGAAUGACAACCCCCGCCUCUGCCAAACCACCCCCUCAUAUUUUCCAUCUACCUCCUCGCUUCUGCCCUCCCCCGCCCUCCCCAACCCACGCCCGGGUGGGCCAAUCGCUGCUCCGCAUUCCAGGCGCUUUCUCAGGUUUCUGCUGAUCUUGCAGCACCCAGAAAUGGACCGUGCGGACCUGCGGCCGCAACCUCCCCUCCUCACUCUGAGCUGCUGAAGGCUCCCGGCGCGCCGCCGAGCGAGGUCUCCACGCGGUGGUGCGGAGAGUGCAGGUUAUCCGAGAGCCAUGUAGAACCGGACUUUGGGCCGCCCGCCUCCCCGGGGAUCGGAUCAAGGGCUCGCGGAGUGUCCAGAGGGGGCGAGAGUGCUGCUUUUCGCCAUUUGCUUGGGUGAUUCGGGAGAAGGUGGCCCUUUUUGUCUGUUUGUUUUUGCACCCGGCGAGAGAACGGCGUCUCCAGGUUGCCUGCACCGAGUGACGAUGGGGGGGAGGGAACGGAGGUUUCCUUCGUAGCUGCUCAGUCAAACGAUUGGACCCCUGAGAGGGGAAGGACGCAGACCGCGAGGGGCCCGGGAGCCUCUCGCGGAUGCUGCUGCGGCGGCUUCCAGGGCUCGCUCGCUCGGGCUGCUGCAAAGGCGACCCUGCCGCAUUCCGACUCUGCGCGACUCAGCACCGCCCCUGCGCCAAGCCGGCCCGCCAGCGUCCAUCGAUCGCCCCCGGUGGGAGCUUAGAAGGCGGCAGGCGAAGAGGGGUAGAAGGGGGGAGAGCCGAGGAGCAGCAAAGUGGGUGACAGGCCUGGGGUCCCGCUGAGUUGACACUGCACCGGGUCCUAGGAGGGCUUCAGGAGGGAGGGGAGCCCGGGCGAGCCCCGAAACCAUGGCAGGUGUGCGUUAAGGCAAUCAGAGCAGGAAGAAAAAAACCCACCGACCAACACAGACACAUACAAAACAGAGCACAUCCACCAAACCUGAGCCUAGCCAAAAAAGCCUCACUGGUGACCCUCAGGCAUAGGGGUUUCCAAAUUGGGUAAAGGGCAGAGUGGAGGAGGGGGAAGCAGUAACCAGCAAAGUUACAGACCUCUGAACCUAUUGGCUCAGAAGCCCCUCCCCGUGAGCGUGGGGGGAGACUCACUCUCCGGUGGGGGGGCCGCUUGGGUCCCCCCCACCCCUCCUCCCUCACUCCUCCACACCUCCUGCUCUCUCCUGGCCUCCCACCCCUGCACCCCGCUUCCAUCAUGACGGUGAUGUCCGGGGAGAACGCGGACGAGGCUUCAGCCGCUCCGGGUCACCCCCAGGACGGCAGCUACCCACGGCAGGCCGACCACGACGACCACGAAUGCUGCGAACGCGUGGUGAUCAACAUCUCCGGGCUGCGCUUCGAGACGCAGCUCAAGACCCUGGCACAGUUCCCCAACACGCUGUUGGGCAACCCAAAGAAACGCAUGCGCUACUUCGACCCCCUGAGGAACGAAUACUUCUUCGACCGCAACCGGCCCAGCUUUGAUGCCAUCCUUUAUUACUACCAGUCGGGGGGUCGCCUGCGCAGGCCGGUCAACGUGCCCCUGGACAUGUUCUCUGAGGAGAUCAAAUUCUACGAGUUGGGCGAGGAGGCCAUGGAGAAGUUCCGGGAAGACGAGGGCUUCAUCAAGGAAGAGGAGCGCCCCCUACCUGAGAAGGAAUACCAGCGCCAGGUGUGGCUGCUCUUUGAGUACCCAGAGAGCUCGGGGCCUGCCAGGGUUAUUGCCAUAGUGUCCGUCAUGGUCAUCCUCAUCUCCAUAGUCAUCUUUUGCCUGGAGACUCUCCCUGAGCUGAAGGAUGACAAGGACUUCACGGGCACCAUCCACCGCAUCGACAACACCACAGUCAUCUAUACUUCCAACAUCUUCACGGACCCCUUCUUCAUUGUGGAAACUCUGUGCAUCAUCUGGUUCUCUUUUGAGCUGGUGGUGCGCUUCUUUGCCUGCCCUAGCAAGACGGACUUCUUUAAGAACAUCAUGAACUUCAUCGACAUUGUGGCCAUCAUCCCUUAUUUCAUUACCCUGGGCACGGAGAUAGCUGAGCAGGAGGGAAAUCAGAAGGGCGAGCAGGCCACUUCCCUGGCCAUCCUCAGGGUCAUCCGAUUGGUAAGGGUAUUCAGAAUCUUCAAACUCUCCCGCCACUCUAAGGGCCUCCAGAUCCUGGGCCAGACCCUCAAAGCUAGUAUGAGGGAGUUAGGGUUGCUCAUCUUUUUCCUCUUCAUUGGGGUCAUACUGUUUUCUAGUGCAGUGUACUUUGCCGAGGCGGAAGAAGCUGAGUCGCACUUCUCCAGCAUCCCCGAUGCUUUCUGGUGGGCGGUGGUGUCCAUGACCACCGUGGGAUACGGUGACAUGUACCCUGUGACAAUUGGAGGCAAGAUCGUGGGCUCCUUGUGUGCCAUCGCUGGUGUGCUGACAAUUGCCCUGCCCGUACCUGUCAUUGUGUCCAAUUUCAACUAUUUCUACCACCGAGAAACUGAGGGGGAAGAGCAGGCUCAGUUGCUCCACGUUAGUUCUCCUAACUUAGCUUCUGACAGUGACCUCAGCCGGCGCAGCUCCUCUACUAUCAGCAAGUCUGAGUACAUGGAGAUCGAAGAGGAUAUGAACAAUAGCAUAGCCCAUUACAGACAGGCAAAUAUCAGAACUGGUAACUGCACCACAGCUGAUCAAAACUGCGUUAAUAAGAGCAAGCUCCUGACCGAUGUUUAAAAAGCAACAGGCAAGCAAGCAAAAGCCCCCCAACAAAAUCCCUGGCGACUCUGGUCCCACUCUGUAGAUACUUUACUAAAUAUUAGUCUUUGAAUGCUUUAUUUAAUUGUCAAUGCAUUGUUGCAUUGUGAAUUUGGGGAGUGGCAAACCUGAAGCUUUCAAGAUCCAUUAAAAAAAAACCCAGCUAUUUUCAUUUUAUCAAAAAAAUGAGAAAAGAAAGAAUAUUUUAUAAAACUGGCUUAAAUGCUGUCCAUUAAGUAGUCUGUGUGAAAUACGACUCAUGCUUUCCUUGUACUGAAAUAUUUCCAAUCUUUUGGCUUAAGUUUUUUUUUUUUAAAAUUAAAAUAAACCUAAAGAUGACCACUUAGGAAUAUAAAAAUUCAAAUUUGCAUGGGACUCCACUCUAAAAACCUUUGCAAACUGCAAAGCACACUUCAGAAUAGUGUACCCUUGUGGAACACUUUGUAACAGCCUCAGUGGUCAGUGAAAAAAAAAAAUGCUUUUAUUUUGAUCAACCGAAUUGCAUACAAGAUGAACAAAAUCCGGACUAAUUAAGACUGGUUCAGAAAGUACCUUGCAAAUCUGUUACUGGUCCCGAUCUGUUGGGGUCUUCCAUCUGCCCCAUUCUCUUAAAUUCAGUCUAUUCUUUUUAGAAAAGGGUAACUCGAUGAAAUGAGCUGAUUCAUCUGUAGGGCUGCUAAGUUCUCUCAACUGCAUAUGAUCCAAAUAUAGGUCUUUUCUCACCAAAUCCUGCACCCUGACCCCUGACCUUCAGAAGUGGAUGUAAAACCUUACCCUCCUUAUUGCAAGAGCACAAGAGUUAAAUGGUAAGCAUGUUUGAAUCUGAUAACAUUUAUUUUAUAAUUGCAUGCCGAGAAAGUUAGCCCAGACAAUAGGGAAUAAGCUUUCGUUGGGGUUUACUCCUCUAAACAUAGGCCCCUUUUCAUUUGCAUUCACCAAAAGUGCACUCCUUCACUUAUUAACUCCUUUCUUAGCAACUACAGUACUGUACUUAAGUACAUAGUCAGAUGGGAACAAUCCCUUUUUGGAGCUCAAAGCAUGUUCUCUUAGUCAGCAUUAUGGCCUAUUUGAUUAAGAUAUACCUUGACUUAAUUAAUGCAUGAUCUCAGUAAUAAAAAUUAGAAAAUACUAAAAAUCACGAGUCUGUGGGAUGAAAGGCCCAAAACGAAACAAUGGGGUGGGGGUGGGGGUGGGGGGACACUCCCUUCAAUUUUCCUGCCUUUGCUCAGGGAAAUGUCAAGCUUCUGUGUAGGUAUAGGCAGAGAGAGGACCAAUAUGCCCAUCCUUUAAGAGAAAACUGAGGAAAGCUAAAUAAGUCACCAAGGUAUUCAAUAGACCUAAGACAAGCAUUCUUUCUAGCUGAACAUAAAUACAAGCAAAACAAGCAAAAAAAAAAAAAAAAAAAGAAAAAAAAAGGUGCAAUAUUGCAUGUUUUUUUUUUUUUUUUGGUGCAUUGUUUAUCUCUUUAUGCACCCAGAGCAGAGCUGAUUUCUUUUUGCAGUCCUGAUUUGAAGUCUAUAGAGACUUCAGCCCUCCCCUUGAGGCUACCUGAAGAAACUCAGCCCGUUGAUUUAAUAGUCGCUUAGUGCCUUUAUCUGUACCCACAGUGAACUGCAGAAAGUGCCUCCGUAACUCAGCUGGGAAGUUAUUUUUAAAAAGGGAGGAAGGGUCGGGGCACAGACCUUUUGCUUUUUGUUUCGUUUGUUUUUCCAUCCUCACUUUCUCACUUCACCACUGUGAGAAGACCGCACCACCCUCAGAGCCCCAAAGAAGAGAGAGAGAGGGCAGGUGCUGCCUCUCUGGCCAUCUACUGGACUUGGUCUCCUUGGCAGCCUAACUCUGGAUAUGAACUGAGACACAUCUUUGAAUUGGACACAACCCAUAAACCUGUUCUGUUCUCUUCUCUUCUGUUUUCUUUCUUCUCUAUCGGAAGCCAAGAGAGACAUUUUGAGAAUGCAGAAAGCCACUCUGGACAUACAAAGCUUUCUCAGGUUCAGUGGUCCCUUCUCCCUCCACCCUCUCAGCUGUAGCACUUUGCAGACCUCUGAUACUCUGGUCUUUGGGGCUAUCGUUGUGAAUCAUGGGAACACUUAUCUCACAGUGAUCUUUCAUAGGCCAGCCACCCUGGCCAACCUCCUAUAGAUAUUUCCUAUGAUGUUCCUAUGAUUGUCCCUCCUGGAAGUCACUUCACUGGCUGAACAUCUGACUACUGCUGCCCCAGCCACCGAAUCCAGAGAAUGGUGGGAACCCCAUGUCCAGCUGAAAGAUCGUCAUAUCACACAGGCUGUGGAGUCCAGCAGCUACCCACCAACGGAGAGGCGUUCGUUGCCUUUUUGAGGAUGCUGGAGUGGGGAAUCUUCAUUCUGCUUAUAGCAUGUGGCUGCCUACUACUGUUUGCCUUACAUUCUUGCCUGGCUUCUUCUGGAAUCUUCCCUCGUACUUCCACCAUCCUUUUCCCCCACCCAGCCUUCAGACUAGAAGUGAGGCCCUCAACCAAGAAACUACAGGGACAUCCAGGCUGUCUAGCUCAAAUGAAAGAAGAUGGACAUUUUCUUUCCCUGUGCAACUAUUGUGAGUCUUCAGGGUGAACACAACACAUAUCCUGGAUUAUGAGGUGCCAAGAACUGCCCAGCCUCUGACUACGGGGUAUUAAACCCUCCCAUGUGUUGCUCACUCUUUGAACCUUAGAUCACCAUUCUGAUCUUUUCUUUUACAUGCUUGCAAGUCUCUAGUUGGGAGAAAAAUGCCAACUCCUCCUCCAGUCUCCAGGGAUAUCUUGAACUUUUAUUUUGACUCUGAGAUCUAGGACACAACAGAACUCUGUCAACAGCAAUAAUCCACUCAGUACUAUGGGAUGGAUGCGUUAGAGGAUGAGACAAUGAGGUGAAGACUGUUGAGCCAGCUCCUGGACACUUGGCCUGCCUCUUGUAGCUGUUCCCUGGACAGGUUGAAUGUUCUGUAUAUGCUACAAGAAAAAGUGCUGCAUGUGGUGAAGUGGUCUGCCUGGGGUUGGGGGAUGUGCUGUUAUGAGUUUGGAGUGGAUGAGGGAUACGGAUGCUGGUUAUCCAUCUGUAGCUUAUUGCAGUAAGCGUGAUGACAAGGAGCACAGGGAUUUUCUGUGUAGCAUAGGCAUGCGACCUUUGACUAAGCUCUUACCCCUGCACUGUAGUGUGCUGAAAUGUCUCUGCAGACCUGAAGGCGCACUUAACUAAACUGCCUACUAAGGAAUGACUCUCAUUUGGUCCGCUUCAUACUCCCUUCCCCAGGCGUUUGCCCUUCCAUCCUCUUCUUAGGUACCGAGCCUUGACAGCUCAUGCCCUGAUGCUUACACCCGUUUUCUCUGGAAGGAGAAGACUCAUGAUGCACUGAUAGCCAUAGCCCAACUCUUCCAACAUGUAGGGCCCUAGUUCCAUAGGAUACCCAUGGAAGGGUCAGGUCAUCCUGUGGCUAUUAGCCAUCCCAGAAUCUCUGAAGUGCUUAACUCAGUUCAAGUGAUCUGAAUCAGAGAGACCAAAGAUAUUAAUUUUCUCUGUCCUCGUAUUUCUAGAAGACAGACAAUAGGCAGGGACAGGGUUUGGUUUGGUUUUUCUCUACCCUUUUUCCAUCUGUGUACACGCAGCACCUCCCUCCCCUUUGAGACUUGAAUUCUAAAGCUCAAUGACAUCUGUUCACUGGGAGUGUGUCUGUGGAUUAGUCCAGAGCACCAGGUCAAACAUUCUUCCAUACUAUAGUCAAUGAACAGUCAUUUUUCUAAAUUGAAAGUGUGUGGUGGGUUCAGAUUCCACUAAGGUGGAAACAGACUUACCAUAAGACUUAUCACAGCCUUGAUCCUCUUGAGACUAGACAAGAACAAGUGUAUGAAUGGCGGCUGAGGAAUACAUUUUCUGAAGUAGAAAUGAGGUUCAACCCAUAAGGGACUUUCUUCAUGUUGGGUGUAGUUAAAACUUUUCAAAUUAGUGUCUAAAUGAAUCAGUUAAAAACAAAAGUUUUCAACCUCAUGCUUAAUAUAGGAGGGCUCAAAGCACAUGUUUAUUAUUUUUUUUUUAAAGCAACUUUAAAUUUUAACUUCUUGUUUGGUAGACUGGAUUGAACAGAAAGUAGAAAGGGAACAUUAGCAGAAGGCAAGUCCCCAUUUUCUUCCAGGAAUGACUUAUUUCUGGGAGUGGUGAGAGUUGGUGGGUGGUAACCAUCCAUAGUAUAAAAUUGUUAGAAAGACUAUAAACUGCCAAACAACCACGUUAUCUCCCAGCCUUUUCCAAGCAGGAGUGAAACCUUUUGAUAUUUAUAUUCGUUUUGGGAAGACAAACAGACCAGAGUUUGAGGAGCAGACACAGCUAGGUUGAACUGUGAUCUCAGGAGGUGGACUCUCGCCUGCUGUGUGGUCCGGCCAUACUUACAUUCAUGGCAUGGGUCUUCAGGGUAUAUGCAAACGUGUCUAGAAUGACUCAGGUAAAAUUUCAGGGAAUGUACAUUACUUUCCACUUUUGUAAAGAAACAGGCAGGAACCAAAAUGUUAACCAAAACUAUUCCAUUACCUUAGGCCACUGUGCAAAAUCAUUCAGGUCAUAGACAGAAGCUUCAAAGCCUUGGAAUCAAAUGGCAGCCUCUUUGCUCACUGACUCAUGGAAGUGUCAAUGUGUAAGCAGAGCAUUAGACACUGCUGCCUUUAGGAAGGCUUUGAGAGGGUUAACCCUAGCCACAGUGAUUUUCAUGUAGGAGUUAUCAGGGAAUUUGUGGUGUGAGACUUCAAAAGCUCUAGAAAAGUUGUUUUUCCCUAAAUAGCAGAAAAAGAAGAAAUGGAAUAAAGAAAGAAAAUGAAACAAGAAAGCCCUUGCAAACAAACAAACAAACAAAAACCGCUAGGUCAUAAGUUGUCUCCCCUUUCCGAAACGCACAGAAGUCUGUUUCUUCUUCAAUGCACUGUUUAAGGAUCACACAUGCAGCAGCCAUAAGUGGGUGAUAUGACCUCUAUGACAUACCUCUAAGAUUAAAGGUAAAAUAUUCCCGAGGCUGAAAAUUAAAGUUGAGAUGUAGUAAUCUGAAGUGCACCCUCAGGACGACAAACCAUUGCAGCUGAUGAAGUUCUGUUUUAUUCCUUGGCUUUGCCAAUUGCUUACUCCUGAGUUAAGGACCUGUCUCAUCUCAUCUCCCCUGCACUUGCCCUGCCCUAACCGUUUACCAUGUUGGGUCGAGGAUACUGAAUGUUACGAAUGGAGAACCUAAUGAUGCGCAUAGUUUUCAUCUAUGCAAUUUUACUUGGUUCUGUCACUUCAUGAUCUGUUCAUAUUUGGCAUCAAUUAAAGAUAAUUUUUAAGGAUCUUA